AUGGCAUUAAGAAAUCAACCAUCUACGAUAAAAGCAAAUAGAACAAAUGAUCCAUCGGAUGAUAUAAAUGUAUUAUUAUUAGGACAAACCGGUGUGGGAAAAUCAACAUUUAUAAAUGGUUUAGCUAACUAUCUUUGUAAUGAUACAUUAGAAGAAGCUGCUAAUGAUAAAAUGCAAGCUGUUAUUCCAUCUGCAUUUUCUUUUACUCAUGAUGAGACAUUUGAAGAAAAAGUGAUAAAUAUUGGACUAAUUGAUGAGCAUGAAAAAUUGAAUGAAAAUGGUCAAUCAUGUACACAACAAUGUCGAAGUUUUGUUUUUCCAGUUGGUGAAAAAAAUUUACGAAUAAUAGAUGCACCUGGAAUUGGAGAUACUCGAGGUCUUGAUCAAGAUAAUAAAAAUUUUCAUGAAAUUUUAACAUUUAUUUCACAAUAUGAACAUUUAAAUGGAAUUUGUAUUUUACUUAAACCGAAUGAAGAACGUUUAACGAUACUUUUCAGAUUUUGUGUUAAUGAACUUCUUAGACAUUUACAUGAAAGUGCAAAAGAAAAUAUAAUAUUUGUUUUUACAAAUGCUCGUUCAACUUUUUUUAAACCUGGUGCAACAUCAAAAAUUCUUCGAGCACUUUUAGAUGAACAUAAACAAAAACAAAAUAUUGAAGUGCCUUUUACAAGAGAUAAUACUUUUUUAUUAGAUAAUGAACCAUUUAGAUAUUUAGCUUUACGUAAAAAUGGUAUUCAAUUAAAUACUAUAUUAUUCAAAUAUAACAUUAUGUUAUAUUUAUAUUAUUAA